UAAUGCCACCACUAACCAAUAACAACACCAAAACAAGUUUUUCAGAAAUAAAAUAUAACCCAGUUGAACACGAAAAACGCUGGAAAUGGAGCCCCUCUCACAGCUAGUAAAGUCCACGUUGCCCAAUUACCUGUCAAAUCUGCCGAUUCCCGACAGCUUUGGCGGCUGGUUCAAGCUCUCCUUCAAGGACUGGCUGGCCCUGAUCCCGCCCACCGUGGUGGUGGCCGGAAUCGGUUACACCGGAUAUCUCGCCUUUUGUCCCGCGGCCAGGGCCAACUGCGCCUCCAAGGGCAGCGGUCGCUGCAACAACCAAAUCCGAAAGCAUGAGCCCAAGGUGGUGGACAUGAUCGAUGUGGAGGAUAUUGCGGAGAAGGCGGCCUUCUGCCGCUGCUGGAAGACCAAGAACUGGCCCUAUUGCGAUGGCAGCCAUGGCGAGCACAACAAAAUGACUGGCGACAAUGUUGGACCCGUUGUGGUGAAGAAGUAAAUUCCAGCGGUGCAUCGAUACAUAACACGCCUAGCAUUUCCUUGUUCAAAUUCUCUCCGAGCUUCUGUUUGCUUUUAAAAACCACAAUUAAUGGUUGAACUUCUUCGGAACACUUCUAUGCUAUCGAAACCCCUUGUAAUCAUAAGCAAUUAUUGAUGAUAUUGAUGGAUUAGGUUAAAGAAGCCAAUAAAAUUGCCCAAAAAUAAUA